AGGGACCGCGGCGGCGGCGAGAGUGAAAGAGGAAACUGCAGAAGAGGAAGCUCUGCCGCAGCACAAAGUCUCCUCCGGCUCCCGCGCCGAGCAUCCCCGCGCCGCCAGCCCAGCCCUCCCGGACCGGCUCGCCGCCGCCCCCGCCCCCGCUGCGCCCGCGCCACCGCCCCCCCCGCGCCCCCGCGCUCGGGCGUCCCCUCCUCGCGCGCCCACCCCGGACCCCCGCGUCCCCGGCCGCUCCGCCUCGCCGCCCUCUGCGCACGCCGGCCUCGUCUGCCAUGGCCCGGGAGAACGGCGAGAGCAGCUCCUCCUGGAAAAAGCAAGCUGAAGACAUCAAGAAAAUUUUCGAGUUUAAGGAGACCCUCGGAACCGGGGCAUUUUCCGAAGUGGUCUUAGCUGAAGAGAAGGCAACUGGAAAACUCUUUGCGGUGAAAUGUAUCCCCAAAAAGGCACUGAAGGGCAAAGAAAGCAGCAUAGAGAAUGAGAUUGCGGUCCUGAGAAAGAUUAAGCAUGAAAAUAUUGUGGCCCUGGAAGACAUCUAUGAAAGCCCAAAUCACUUGUACUUGGUCAUGCAGCUUGUAUCUGGUGGAGAGCUGUUUGACCGGAUAGUGGAGAAGGGAUUUUACACAGAGAAAGAUGCCAGCACUCUGAUCCGCCAGGUUUUGGAUGCUGUCUACUAUCUCCAUAGAAUGGGCAUUGUCCACAGGGACCUCAAGCCUGAGAACCUAUUGUACUACAGCCAGGAUGAAGAGUCCAAAAUCAUGAUCAGUGACUUUGGAUUGUCCAAAAUGGAGGGCAAAGGAGACGUGAUGUCCACAGCCUGUGGGACCCCAGGCUAUGUCGCUCCCGAGGUCCUCGCACAGAAACCCUACAGCAAAGCUGUCGACUGCUGGUCCAUUGGGGUGAUUGCCUAUAUCUUGCUCUGUGGCUACCCUCCUUUCUAUGACGAAAAUGACUCCAAGCUCUUCGAGCAGAUUCUCAAGGCAGAAUAUGAGUUCGACUCCCCCUACUGGGACGACAUCUCCGACUCCGCAAAAGACUUCAUUCGGAACCUGAUGGAGAAAGAUCCAAAUAAAAGAUACACAUGCGAGCAGGCAGCUCGGCACCCGUGGAUCGCUGGUGACACAGCCCUCAGCAAAAACAUCCACGAGUCGGUCAGCGCCCAGAUCCGGAAGAACUUCGCCAAAAGCAAGUGGAGACAAGCGUUUAAUGCCACGGCCGUCGUGAGACAUAUGAGAAAACUACAUCUUGGCAGCAGCCUGGACAGUUCAAAUACAAGUGUUUCGAGCAGCCUCAGUCUGGCCAGCCAAAAAGAUUGUGCGUCUGGCACCCUCCACGCUCUGUAGUUUCAUGUCCUCUUCAUCAGGGGUCUCAGGAAUGGGAGCGGAUCGGAGACCGAGGCCCACCACUGUGACGACAGUGCACUCUGGAAGCAAGUGACCGGCCCUACAGGUGGGGCCCAGGGGGUGAGGCCAGGGAAGGGGGCCCCCAGGGGCCACCAGCGCCACCAGCCACUCCAGAGCCAUCCCACCUUGCACGGUGCACCUCCCUGCACAGGACUGGAAGACAGAAGUUUUUUACGGCCAUAUUUUAUACUGCAAUUCUGAAGUGUUCAUUUCUCACAAAGUGUACUGGCUCAAGGGAGCAGAUUUGAUAGGAUCUGGUGCUGUACAUACGAGUCUGCAAAGCCCUAACAGAAUGGACUUUCUCAGUUCCUCUCCCUCAGCCCUGUCGUUUCCGAUCUUCUCAGUAGAGGUAACCGUCUAUGUUGUAUUUUUUCAUUCAUAACAAAAAAAGGUUUCAACUGGAUUAUUUAAGUAUCGGUAAAUAUUGUGCAUUAGGGGUUUUUUUUUUCCUUUUAAGAAAUAUGUCCUUUUGAGCUAUACUUCUUACUUCUGUGCCCUGUACCUUUUGCUUGUCAGUAGUAGAAUUUUAUGUUAACCUUUAAGAGAUUUUUUUUUUCUUCCGAAGGGGAUUUAAAAGUACUUUUUAAAAUUCUAAUAAGAGGAUCGAUCAAGAAUCAGUUUCCGAGGUGAAGAGUGUACUUUACUUCAGUUCCUUCUCCUUCUCUCCCCCUUCUUCCUCGGAGGGGCAGUUUUCUGAGAAGACAACUCAGCCCUUCUGCAGCCUGUCUUCUCCCCGGGGGUGCGGGCACCGUGGGAGGGAACCUGCAGAAAACCUUGCCCGGCAGCUCCUGCAGCAAAGCCCUCUCCAGCUGGAGACCCAGGGCCCUCUUGCCAUCAGUGGUCAGAAAUGAAGAAGCCUGCUCUCCCAAGACGAAAGGAUAGACUUGCUGUGAAGGAGAGGGCCCCCGCUCCCCCAGCAAAGAUCUAAGAGCCUCCCUGGCCGAAGGAGCACAAUGCCAUUUUGUUUGGAGUGAAUUUCCCACACAGCUCUCGUUUCUCACAAGGGGAGUGACAACGUGGAAGCCCUGCUCUCAGCUAUGCAGUUUUAAAAUUAAUCUCUCUGUUUUUUAAAAAUGCAUUUCUAAUCUUACAACUGAAAAUGGCCUCCAGCUUACACCAGUUGUUUCUGCAAAUGUUUACGCUGUUCUUAGAGGCUGAUCCAGAAGGGAGGAGAGGGAAAUGGCCUUGGAAAAGACUCCAUUUAUCUGGGUUGGUUAAGGAGAGCAGGACAGUGGCCACUGCAGUGAUGGCCGGAGACCCGGCAAGCAGGACAGUGGCCACUGCAGUGACAGCCAGAGACCACCCCAGCCAGGCCCAGCCAGCGCUGAACGCCAUCCUUCUGACCAAGGGAAUCCCCAAACCAAAGACCUGUGAUGGUGGGGGUCACCAAAGGUCCCAGUUUGCCCAGGACUGAAGGAUUUCCUGGGAUGUAGGACUUUCAAAGCAGCAACGUCCGGGGACCACUGGGCCACAUUGUCCACCCACGUGGUGGACUGGUGUGCAGGAUAGAGUGAGCACAGCAUGAAACCCAGGGAAAAGCGCUUCUCCAGGAGGCCUCGAGGAUGCUGUCUGGAAGAGGCGAGCAGGUGGCUCCAAACGUCCACUUUGCAGAAGACCCCCCCCCCCCCGGCCCUUGCGCCAUGUGAUACCUUGAGUCUGCGUCGCACAGUCAGCCUCGAGCCCGCAGGGGGUCCCUGUUCACCUGCCUGAUGGUCCAGUGACUUUCCUGGUUGUUGUCCUCACGCCCUUCUCCCACAGUUGACCAGACACAGUGGAUCCUGUAGGCCAUGCCAUCUUCGUCACUUCUGCACCUUGGCCUAGGUCCAGGCCGAAUGUUCAGUAAUGCCCCCCAUCACACACACAGUGUUAUGAGGCUCAGCACUCCAUUCUGCCUCCUGUAGGAGGGCAGUGCAGGUGUGCAGGAGAGCAGCCGGAAAGACAGGCAUCUGGUCUACCCCGUGUCCACCGUGUCCUAGGCACUCAGCCCCUUGACAGGAUUCCCGCUUGGUGUCUGCCACACCAGCGUCCAGAGUGAAAAUCAAGCUAUUACUUUUCAAAAUUUGUAAAAAGCCUGGAAAUGUCUAUAAAACGACAGUAGACCCGGUUAAGAAGCAAGUGGUACCUGAGUUGGAGGACAGUAGCAAGAAUAUUAUAAACAAUAACAGAAAACUGAGGCAUCUCUCCCAGGGGUUUAUUAGAAUGUUGCUUACCAACAAGUGUAAUGGAAGAUUCAAGUUUAGACAGUAUAAGGAAACAAGGAACUAGGGACUUCCCUGGCUGUCCAGUGGUAAAGACUCUGUGCUUCCAAUGCAGGGGGCAUGGGUUCGAUCCCUGGUCGGGGAACUAAGAUCCCACGUGCCUCAUGGCGUGGCCAAAAAAAACAAAAACAAAAAAAAAGAAAACAAGGAACUAGAUGUUUUGGAGGAGGGGUGAUGAUUUGCCUGACUUUGAUACUUCGAACGUGUGCCUGAAUAGUUAUCAGCUCCUCGUACUGUGUGCUAUGUGCGGUCAUUUGCACUUGGAAAGCAACAUCUGAAGCCAAAUUUAUUGAUGAUAAAUUAUUUUCUGGAGCUGAUGUGUGGGGUGCAUGUUCUAUGCAAUUAGUUUGAAAGUAUGUCUUACCUGGAAAGUGCAGAAGAGCUGAGAGAUGGGCCGGACCCCCUUUUUGCAGUUGGGGGUCUGCUCUUGGCCAUGGUUGGCCUGUAACACGUCAGGAGAUGGUGACUGUUUCAGCCCAGAAGUAGACCCUGUUGAGCUUGACAUCAAGUGAGUCUCUACUGUCUGGAUGCGUGUAUUCCCAUUGUUUUAGGAGGAGGAGAAAAUACUGAUAACUCCCAUGUAGAACUUACGCUCUGUUGAGAGAGCCUUCGUGGUAAAAGAAUGGAGGUUCUCUUUCAACCGUAUUUAGUAUUAUUUACACUUUAUGACAACAUGGGAAGAGAGCUCAGAAUGUGCCUUUUGGUAACACCUGCCAAGUGGAGUGGCAAAGUCCUAGGACCCUCACUGAUGUCAAAUUCCACCGAGGAAGCUGAGCAUUUCAUAUGGGCCCCCAGCUUACACACCCCCUGGAGGCCACUGUGUGCAGCUGAGGCUAAUGGUGGACCAUGGACUUCAGCACAGUCUGCCUUCCAACCUCCCCGCCCCCCAGCUUGGUCUCUUCACCUCCUCACAGCAAGUGGAUUGUUUCUGUCAUUUGAAAGAGUGUCCUCAAAUGGUCUUGCACUCAGCUGCCUGUCUAUCCCCGUUCACUUCCCUGGUCUUCAUCUCAUCCGUGAGGCCAUCAGGGAGGCUAGCAUUUGUCUGAAACAGAGAGCGUGCACCCGCAUGUGGCCCCAACAGACCUUUGAGAAGGUCCCAGCUCUCCAGCCAGCUCUUAGCAUAGCGUCCAGGGAACUGGGCAGUCAGGCUUGGGGUUAACCAGGCAAGGCUCUGGCACUUAGGGAGCAUGAGCCGGUGAAGAAAGGCAUUUGGCAUUUGGCGCCCCAGACUCAGUUUACCUGCCCGUCACUAACCUCAUCCUGUUCAUUUGUCUCCCUUGGCGUCCAGCAGAUCCUGGGUGAAUUGUGAUCGGGAGAGGAGGACCUCCCCCCUUUAGAACGAAGGCCAAAAACACCAGGGACAAAGGGAGGGAACCCAAGUGACCCCUCCUGAAAAGGGGGAUUGACCCUCUCUCUGGAGGAAUGACAGCUUAAUCUGAUGAACGCCCUGGGGUUUGACAUUUUGUGAGCAAUUUUAAACAGAAAGAAAAGACCGUAUCCCAGGGGAGAUAACUCUGUAUUUUAAGGCUUUGGCCACCGUGGCCCCCUGGCCCACCCAGAGCCUGGGCUUGUGUUGAUUCUUCACCCUGGAGAAGCCACCCUGGAACCAUCACUCCAGGGCUGAGGGCAGGAGAAGGCGGGUAUGGCCUCUGUGCUUUGCCUGCAACACUCAUGACUUCUCGACUUCAUAUGAUUUCCACAAGCUCACUGCUGGGUUUCCUCUGGAUGUGAGAAGGAACAGCAGAGUGCAGCAAAGGGCAGCUCCUCCCAUUUCCAUAAACAGAAAUAAGAUGUACUCUUUCCCAGGGUUGCACAGUCACUUCUGGCAAAAGGAAUGAAAGUCCUCCGAUUCAACCGAUGCACGAAACCUUUGCAUGUUCUUCUGAAACAAUACUGCUUCCCGUUCUGUCCACUCACACUCUGCAGAGUCGGCCUUUUCCUUAAACACAUUCCAGACCAAACACUGUUCAGUUUGUUUAAAGAAAAAUGUAUAUACCUGUAUGUAACCCACAACUCUUUGCGGGGGGCAGGGGGCUGGCCCGUAGGUUGGGGCUUCGGGUGUACCUGACAUUGGCCAAAGAGUGUUCCAGUCCUUUGGUUUUCAGAAUUGAAAAUGUUGUGAUAGGAAAGGUAAAUUGGGCAGAUUUCUAAAAGGGGGACUUAAUUCACAGAGAUGCCAAGAAAACUAGUCUGCAGAUGAGAUAGCUUGGAAACCUCUACACUGGACAGCAGGCAGGGAGGAGAAAGAGGAAGAUAGAGGCCCAAGCCCCCUUCAGCCCCACCCUUCGUCAUGGUCCCAGUGCAUCGUGAUCUGCAGCCUGAGCAUGGGCACAGGAGCCCAGCCCCACUGUGAAGUGCGCCCUGCGUGCUGGCCACGGCCUGGCCCGCCUCCUGCUCUGCGCCGAAUCAGACAGCAAGGAACAUCAGCCCUUCCCGCCUUCCCUGCCACCUGCAGCAGGAGCAGCUGGGCUUGUGACUCCGGGGGUCUCUGCUUCUGGAAAUCCAAAGGCUGUGCAUUUGGCGGCCAGCCCCACAGCAUGUGGCUGCCAGGUCUGGUUUCGUGGACAAAGUGUGGAAUGGCUUCUCGGUGUCUGAAUCUCUCUACACCAAAGGGACUAACUAUUGCAUUUCCCCCUUUGUACCAAUGCCGCUUCUGCAUUCGCCACAUCCAUUUUGAAUCUUUUGGUCUCCAGAAAACUUCUCAUACGAUGAUUAUGUCUUCUGAUGAUUUACCAACUUAGUUUACUUCAAGGUGAUUUUUUCUUAUGGACAGGAAAAAAGAAAAUGAAAGGAGUGUUUGAGGCUUUAGUCAUAGGGAUAAGGUAUGACCAGGGACUCAAAAGCCCCAAACACUAGAUAAAUUACUUCUCAAAGGAAAACCUUCAUCUGGACAGACUGAGGUUCCUGGGCCCUCACGGUAGCCUUGCACUUGAGGGAAGAGGAGCGCUGGGGCAGGACUGGCAGCGGUUUGGACAUUUUACAAAAACAAAAACAUUUUGACAGCGACAAAAAUGCUGCAACCUUGCAGCAUCUUUGUUUUGCAAGACAGGCGGCAUGUUUCAGAGGACAUUUCUCUUAGCCCCACGAUCAGGUUGGAAGACAUGAAAGGUACAUUCUGUCCAGCAUAGAAUUUGGAACAAUUUCUAAAUUGGCUCUGGUCACCACACAUAAUGUCAUAGUCCUUCUUGCAGCUCUCCCAACAGUGAGCACGUUUUCCAAAAGCUUAUGACGUCGAACCCAGGAAUGUCCCUGUGUCUAGUAUUACCAGGCUUGCAAUUGGUUUGAUUUUUACAUAAAACCAUGCUUGUCCAAAAGAAGGGAAACUGUGCAUUUAUUCCAUGCAUGUAAUAAACUCUGCAAGAAAUUUACCCCACGUAGGUUUGCGGCACUGCAAAAUUGUUAACGGGCCUGUGUAGCAAAUGAUUCUCUGCCUUGACAAUCAUGUACACAUAUCAAGAUUUCUAUCAUAAUGACAAUGAGAUUGAUGACUUCUUGUUUUCCUCCAAUAAAGACAAUUAAUCAUCUUCAGA